AUGGGUCGCGCCGUCGUCGGCCGGGGCUUCUCCCUGUCGACGAGCGCGCGCCUGGGCCUGAAGGAGUCGUCCAGCCAAACCGACCAGGACUACGACAAGCACAAGCGCGACUCGCUCGAGAAGCAGAAGAAGGGCUCGGGCCACUGGAAGCCGGAGCUCGCGUCCGACAGCGAGGAGGCCGUGAAGGCGGACCGCUCGUCCAAGGAGGGCGUCAGCGAGCUGCAGGAGCGGACGAAGCGCGCGGCCGAGGAGACGUCCAAGGCGGGGACGAGCGUCCGUGACGGAAUGUAG